GAUUGUCCUGAUAACCAAUACUAUAGCUGUAAUAAAUUUGGUCAUAUCGAAAUUAACUACUUUUUUGCCCAACUUAAACUUGACAAUUUAAUUUACAAAUGUGGUUGUGACAAAGGCCAAAUAGAAGAAAGAAGAAUGACCUACCAUAGUAGAAGGAGAACUCAUCAUUGUUGUAAUUGCUAUACUCCUCAACAACCUAAUAAACUAUACAAACUAGAAAAAAAACUUGCUUGUACUGCUUGUUACAAAAUAUACUAUAAAGCUCUUGACUCAGAAAACCCCAGAAGCCAGGAAUAUUACAAUACAGGACUUG